AUGUCAAGAAGCGAAGAAGGAGUCCCGGAGGAUCCAAUGUCUCUCCUGCAUCUGGAGAAAUAUUCCAAUUUGGAAUAUGAUGGUGUUAUGAUCGAAAGGUACAAGGAGUCGGCGUUGGAAGUAGCUCGUUUAACGAAGGAAAUGACAUAUCGAGAGAAUUUCUAUUCUGAAGCUCAAAAAGGUUUCGGAGAAGCAAAGAAGACUGUAGAAUGCUGUGCAAUUCUUGAUCCAUCAGAGGGCUAUGGGGAGGCAUUCAGAAUCCUUAGCCAUUGUUUCGGACAGCCCCAUAUUCUCGCUAGAGCACACAUAGACGAGCUUGUCGAUGGAUCAGAUCAGGAACUUAGGCCCAGUAGCGCUCAUGAAGCUAGCUGGGGAAAUGAGAAACUGCAGAAAUACGUUACAACAACUGAACUACCUGUCACCCUGGAAUUACUCUCGAACAAUCGCUGCCGUCGUAAGACGAAUGCCGAAAGCAUUACAGUUUAA